AUGAGAGAUUCCGAUGUGCCGUUCCAGAACUACGUGCGGAACGUCAGACUGGCCUUCGACAAGACGUGUGGCCAACGACGCCGUCAGCUGGGGCCAGACCUUGUCAGUCAGCUGUCUGGCAGGGCAUGGGUCAUCACCCAGGAAAUCGACCAUGAGCGUCAGCACAACCAGAUGGCGCUCGCGACUUGGUGGAGGAGCACAAGCUGGCAAGAGUUCCAGUUCCCGAUGCUGGAGCACGAGCUGAAGAGCUCCUUGUUCGCCUUCGUCGCGCUCAAGGUAUGGGCGAGAAACAGUCAUGGAGUCCUACAGGAAGCUCCAACGUGCCCUGGCGAAGCCCUGGCCGAGGACAUAGAUUCCGGACUUCCGGAAGUGCUGCCCACUGAGCUCCUGGGAUGGCUCAUGCUGAUGCGAUGCAGUCUCUCCCCACAGCAGCGCUUGAACGUCCUGAGCGCUACUGGGAACUCCUUGAAAGCCGAGGACAUCGAGCAGGCUCUACGUGGUGCUGAAGACGACCUCCGAGUUCAAGAAUCUGAAGCCUGCGCGGAAAGGGCAAGGGACGCAACUAUGCUAGUCCCAACUUCUGGACCGAGCAGGGUGGAGAAUGGGGCCUACUGGCUUCUGAAGAUGCUGAUCUUCUUGAAGGCAACUUGGAAGAUGAAGGACAUCAAUGCCGUCUAUGCCUCCACUGUUGCCCAUCCAGCUCUGAGCUUACCUGGACCUGAUGAACCUCGCUGGACAGCUGCUGAGGAAGGAUACUGGUUCCAGGAUGUCAACGGGCAAUUUUCCUUCUGGACUCAGCACACCGACGGUGAGUACUACACCCAAGAUGCUGAAGGAGCCUAUUGGACUUGGGAUGAAUUCCAAGAAGAAGCUGCCUGGUGGAAUGCAACUCCCGAGCAACAAAAGGAGUUGUCAGAUGCCUUUGCGGCCUAUGAUGCAAAGGUCAGAACCUUCAUGGAUUCCAGAGAUCUCAUGAAGUCAAAAGGCGCCAACCGUGGCUACUACAAGGGCAAGAAUUUCAAGGGCAAGAAAGGCUUAGGGAAGCGCAAGAACAAGCCUUCGUCUGCUGCGGGACCAUCUUCUGCAGCGGCCUUCCAAAGCCAGCCAUCCGACGUUAUGGCAAGUGUUGGCCAGGCUGGCUACACGGGAUGCUUCAUCUGUCCGAGCAAAGCCCACGACUUCCACUAA